CAGUGCAACUGCACAUGCGUAUAAAAGCGACGCGUGCGCACCCCUCAGCGUCACAGCGAGUCAGAGCGCCCACCGAAGGUACUCACGCAACAUGAAGGUCAUAAUCGUAGCAGCUAUCCUGGCGGUGUGCAGAGGAGCGGCUGGAGGGUUGCUGCCGGUGGCAGCGCCCUACGGUUACGGCCGGCCCCUAGGCCUCCCCGCGCCGCUCGCAGUCGCUCGCCCUGCGUACGCGAGUCCCUAUGCCGCGCCACUUGUAGGCCAUGCCGUGGCUAAAGUGGCCCCUGUGGAAGAUUACGAUCCCAACCCACAAUACUCCUACGCUUAUGACAUUCAGGAUGCUCUUACCGGUGACUCAAAGAACCAGCAGGAAUCCCGUUCAGGCGACGUAGUCCAGGGCUCAUACUCUCUAGUGGAGCCUGACGGCACCCGACGUACCGUGGAGUACACUGCUGACCCCCACAACGGGUUCAACGCUGUAGUGCACAAGGAGCCCCUCGGAGCCCCCGUUGUGAAGGCGGUGGCAGCCCCCCACGCAUACUACCACUAGUCCCAGAUAAAAUAUUUCUUGGUUAGACGGAUCCAGGUUUAGUUAAGAGAAACAUCAGAUACCAGUUAGGUAUGAAAGUACAAUAUCUCCGACUAUUUCAAGGAUGAUUUUAUAAGACCCCUAUUAAGGGUAAUACCAAAAUUUGAGGUAAAUCAGUUUUUCAGCCGUUUCAAAGGCUUCUCACUGCUGCAUUGGAGUUAUCCUGCAAUUAACACCUGCUACGAGUAUUGGAGAGUUUAUAAUAAAAUGUUUUGUUCAUUGUGACAUACCUGGCCAUGUAUCAGUUGAUAAACAUCUGAAUCAAUCACGUAUGGCAGCAGGAUCUAUUGCAAGUAUUACGACUAACCUAGAUCCGUCUAAACGAGCUCGAGACCGUCCAAGUGACCUGAACCGUAUUACGUUAAUGUUGUAAUUAAGCUUAUUGUAAAGUAUUGUUAAUUGAAGUGUUAAAGCUGAGGUAAUAAAUAAGAGGAAUCAA